UCCGCCUGUCACCAUGGCAACACAGCAUCCGCCUGUCACCAUGGCAACACAGCAUCCGCCUGUCACCAUGGCAACAGAGCCUCUGGCCAGCCCAAAUAUGGCAGACCUGACAGACUUGCAAAGUUCAACAGCAACAAUUUUAUCCUUCCUGGACGACCAGUUAAACAGCACUGUCCCAGAAUGCACAGCAGCAGGGUUAAAGGUGAUUGCAGAAGUCUGGCGGCUGAAAUCAGCACUUCAGCUGAACUCUGACCCACUGCUGAGGUCAGACAGCUGGGAGGUCGUGACCUGUGACCCCAUGAGCAGCUGGUUCCCGCUGCUGAGGUCAGACAGCCGAGAGGUCAGGAGAGCUGCAGUAGAAGUUUUACAGGGGGUUCUGGAACAGAGCAGCAGCACAGCUGACUUUGUUCCUGACCUUGAGAUGUUGCUGUCCCUGCCUGCUGACCUUGCAGACCCGAGGGAGGCUGGACAGCUAACAGCUGUGCUGUGUGUUUCCCCGCCGUUGCCAAGGGCGUUUCCCCAGGAUUACUACCAGCGACUGCUGCAGCAGAUUCUGCGGCCGCUGCUGGGAAUUCUGCAGUCAGAACAGAUGACCCAGCCGAGCCGUACUGUUGUUUCCACUGUCUGCUGCAGUCUGUCUGCCCUGGAGACGUUUGUUGCCAAGGGGUGUUUCAGCAGCAAUCAGCAAAUGGCAGAACAGGUGCUGACUCACCUGUCAGGUGUUCUGGCAGCUGCAGCUGGAACAGCUGAACACACCUGUAAGAACACCUGUGAGCCACCUGCAGCUGCGAUGCUGAAGGGAAACUCUCGUGUCAUCAAGGCCACAGCACAGACACUGAUGUGUCUCGUCACACAAGCAGAUGUCGGCUCCAGUCCUGUCCUGAAGGAAGUGAUGGACAGUCUCGUCUCCAUCCUGGACCGACCGGAGGCAGACUGUAUGGUGGUGAGUAAGUGCCUGCAGCUGACCGCAGCCCUGAUGAAGACGUCCCGUGCCGUAGCUGCCUGCAGUUUUUCCACCCGACCUGGGCUGACCUCCGUGCUGCAGCGCCGACUCUGUGACCCGCGCUGGGAAAUCCGCGAUUCUGUUUUCGAGUUCCUGGCAGCCAUGAUGGCUGGGUGCAAAGACGGCCUGGCGGGUUCCUGGCUGGUGCAGGGAGGUUUCCACAGCAGCAUCUGGGACUGUGUAGAGAUGGGGGACGGCUACGCACAAGCCUCUGCCCUGGCUGCCCUCAAACACUGCCCCACUGUACCUGCUAUGUGGCAGGCUCUGCUACAGGACUCAGGUCUAACUCAGGAUUCUGUGCUGGACAUGUUGGUGCAGAUUGUUGGUGCUGACGUGGAGACAGUCGUGAGGACCGCUGCCAUCGGCUGCUUCUCCUUCUGGGUGCAGACGUGCGACGGAAUCAGGCAUCGGAUCCUGGAAUCCUACAAGCAACAACAGAAACAAGAACAGCAACAACAACGACAUCAACACCAACAUCAGCAACAACAAAAUCAGCAAGAACGGCAUCAGCACACAUUUGAACCCCUCGAUUCCCAUCGAGUAGCAGAAGCUAUUGUAGGUGAGGCGACCUAUGACCUGGUGGUGACCUGCAGUGACAGGUCACCCGGAGUGAAACAGCUGCCAUUGGCUGCUGAGCCGACCAAUCAGCACGCGAGCCGGGUGCUGCAGAUCCUGCAGGCUGUGAGUAAGGACCUGGACUGGGAGGUGAAGCUGGCAGCGCUGCGGUUCUGGGAACACGUGAUCGCUCACUACCUGCCUGGGUUUUCAGCUGGAGCUGUUAGCACAGGGCAGAGUCCCAACCACAGCUCACGUGGUCAGGACGGUGGUUCCGAUGUUCAGAGUUCCUGCAUGGAGGCAGGAGACACAAACUGGAGCCAUGCCGUGGAGAAUCUGUCCUCUCAUGGCUGCCUGCAGCUGCUUGUGGAGGCUGCGGAUGACUACGACAGACCAGUGUCAGAAAAGGCCUGCAGAAUGCUGAAGGAGCUGAAAGCCAUGAUGACAUCCCAGGACCAAAGUGUAAAUCUGGAACAGCAGGAGGAUUUUCUCCGGUACCUCAGGGAAACGGAUUUUGAGGCGAUUCUUCAGAUGAAAACGGGAGGAGACAGCUUCGAAUCUUUGCUGGAGGACAUCUUGUCAGGUGCCAGGCGGAGGGAAGCAAACCAGAAGGACUGCUAUGAUGAUUAAUAUACAACAUAUAGAAGCCACUUUCUCUGUCUGGUACAAUGUAGCUAUAAAUACUUCUUGUGUCGAUGAAGGUUAGACAUCCUGGUACAGGAUU